CGACCGCGUUCCCUCACAGCGGCUAAUUGUACAGGAUGGCGGACGCUCUGAAUGUUGGGGUGAACCUGGAGGCCUUCUCCCAGGCCAUUCAUUGUAUCCAGGCGUUGCGUUCCAGCGUUACCCGCGUAUUCGACUGCCUGAAGGAUGGCAUGAAGAACAAGGAGAGCCAGGAAGCCCGGGAGAGGGCGUUUGUCUCUGAGUUCCAAGACAACCUGCACUGCGUCAACAGGGACCUCAAUGAGCUGGAACGUCUAAGCAACUUAGUUGGAAAACCUUCAGAGAACCACCCCCUUCAUAACAGCGGCUUGCUGAGCCUGGAUCCUGUUCACGACAAGACCCCCCUGUACAGCCAGCUCCUUCAGGCCUACAAGUGGUCAAACAAGUUGCAGUUCCACGCUGGCCUCGCGUCAGGUCUCCUGAACCAGCAGUCCUUGAAACGGUCGGCUAACCAGAUGGGCGUGUCGGCAAAACGCAGACCCAAAGUACAGCCGACUACUCUAGCCCUUCCUCCGCAAUACAUUGAUGAUGUAAUCAGCCGGAUCGAUAGAAUGUUCCCUGAAAUGACCAUCCAGUUAUCAAGGCCUAACGGGAGCUCGGCCAUGUUGCUGGUGACCCUGGGGAAAGUGCUCAAAGUCAUCGUGGUAAUGCGCAGCCUUUUCAUUGACCGCACCAUAGUCAAGGGCUACAACGAGAACGUUUAUACAGAGGACGGCAAGUUGGACAUAUGGUCGAAGUCCAAUUACCAAGUCUUCCAGAAGGUGACGGAUCAUGCCACCACCGCCCUCCUCCAUUACCAACUGCCGCAGAUGCCCGAUGUAGUGGUCCGAUCCUUUAUGACCUGGUUGAGAAGUUACAUCAAGCUGUUCCAGGCUCCGUGCCAGCGCUGCGGGAAGUUCUUGCAGGAUGGGCUGCCGCCAACAUGGAGGGAUUUCCGUACGCUAGAAGCCUUCCACGACUCUUGCAGGCAGUAAAAAAGAACGAGAGGGGUCUUUGAAAACAAUUUCCACAUCUCCGUCUGUCCCCCCCCCUACGUUUGCAGCACGAACAGCCAGGCUAUAAGCAAACUUAGGGGGCUGUUCCUGCUGAAUUGUGCUUAGUACAGGGGAAUCCCUAUGUGCCAUAGUUUUAUGGUAUCUCUCUGUACAGGCUAUGAGCAAACUUAGGGGGCUGUUCCUGCUGAAUUGUGCUUAGUACAGGGGAAUCCCUAUGUGCCAUAGUUUUAUGGUAUCUCUCUGUACAGGCUAUGAGCAAACUUAGGGGGCUGUUCCUGCUGAAUUAUGCUUAGUACAGGGGAAUCCCUAUCCCGGCGAAUGUUUGAUUGGAAAACUUUGGCAGCCAUUUUGUAAUCCCUCCUACUUUGACUUGAAAAUGCUAUUUUUCUACUGGUUUUCUCACCUUGUAAAUAAAUCCAUUUUGUUUUCUGA